AUGGUAAUGCUAAUUAAAUUAUAGUAUAGUACCAGAUUUUUAAAGUAUUCGAGUAAAAACAUUAAUGAAUAAUAAUAAUAAUAAUAAUAAUAAUACUAGGUAAAUCAACUAAAAUCUAAGUAAAAGUAUUCGAAAUUUUACAAUACAAAUGACUUGAUAUUGUAUUUUAAGUAUUUUUAAAAGUAUUUCUUAUUAUAGAAAUGAGCUAAAUAAUAAUUUUAAAAUACUUGUAUAGUUUUUAUUCUAGAUAUUUUAUAUUUUUAUAAACAAUAAUAACUAUUAAUAAUAAAUGAAAAACACGUUUUAUUUUCAUAAAUAAAAUAUAAAUAUAUUAAUUUUAAUUUGUUAAAUAUCGGCGUUCAAAUUUUAAAAGGAAAAAUUGACCAGCGUUUAUAGAAUGGUCGGUACUAACAUGGAAGGUUUAAUUGUACAAUUAAUAAUUAUGAGAACUAUAUUAUUUAAUAUUAAUUUAAUUGUUCUUUUAAUACAAAUAAUAUUGUAACUAUUUACUUGGAAUUUUUAACUUAUAUUUGUGCACAACGAUAAAUCAUUGAUAUCGAAAUACUAUUUUGUGCUAAGUAUGGUUAAACAUAUUUCUGUAAUAUAAAAAUUUUAUUCUGAUCGGCGCGAAGAAUUUAUUGGUUUUACAAAGAUGUUUUUUUUUUGUUCUUUUUUUAUGUGAACAAUUUUUCUACCAGAAAAAUUACGCUGAUGUAUACAAUUUAGACCCUUUUCUGAAAGGACCUUUUCUUGGAGUGGUACUUUAGAAAGGUUAUUUUUCGAUUUUCUCAGGAGUUUUCCCAGCAAACGUGAAAUACCGGGAAAAACGUUGGGAAAAUGGGAAAAUCGGUACAAUAUUAAACAAAUAUUAUUAAAGAAAAUAUACAAUGCCUAUUUAAUUAUUUUACCAUAAUAUGACGUAUAUAUUGUUGACAAAGUAUUUCCAUCUACUGAACUCCACUCAGAAUCCUUUUCAGUGAGCUAUGAUUUAUUCUUGCUUACAGAUACAAAUUAAUUUCUUCUCCAUAUCCUACCUUACCAACUUCGCACCAACAACAGUGGCUGCAUCCAUCCCCAUUAACCUAGGACAGCAUUUUUACGACUAAGUACAGCUUACAAAAAAUCAAGUAUUUAAUUUGCAUGCAUUUUUUCUAUACCGAAACAAUUUAUCCACAUAAAUUCAUAAAUUGUUCAUAGACAAAAAAAAUUGAAAAUACUACUGAAGAGUGUGCUCUGUUGGUAGAAUAAAUAGUUUUAUAUAAUUUAUGUAUGUGCGUGACGAUAAUGUAGUUACGAAGUAAAAUUUUGAGUGAAGUUAGAUUAAACAUAUUUUGAAAUACCAUAAAAACCAUAGUUUGUAUAAUUUUCGUUAAAAUGAAUUACAAAUAAACAUUAAUGAAAAAAAAAAACACACACACACAUAUAUACACGUCAUAGUAAAACCAAUUCAUUUCUUUUUUUACUGAGAAUUAAUAAGUUUGGAGUUUCUCAAAAUGUAUUAAUACAUUUUAAGAAAAUUACUAAUAAAUAAUACACCCAAUGAUCGAUUACCAAUAAUUUGUAGAAUAUACUUGGUAUUCAGUACACAGUAUAUGAUACUAUCAUAAUGUAUAGUGUAAUAAGUAAUAAGAUAUUAUACUUUGUGAAGCAAUUCAAGUAUAGAACUGUAUGGAAAAAUCUAUGGGAUAUUAUAUUUUACAAAAAAAGUAUUUGAAAGUAAUUAAAAAUACUGUACUUACAAAAAUAUUUCGCUGUAUUUGUACUCGGAUACGUGUUCUUAAUAUGUAAACAAGUAAUAUCUGUAUUUUUACAGGUCUGUAAUAAAUAGUGCUUACAAGGCUAUUUAUAAAUAAAAUGUGUCUAUAUUAUAUUCCAUUUUUAUUUCUUGUUUGUUUUUAGGAGUAUUAUUCGAGUAUAGUUUCUCCAAAACAGAUAAAUCUCGAAAACAUACCGUCUGUACACACAUUGGACGACAUGACAGUUAGUAACGACGCAAAUCUUGACAAAAUAGAAUCAUGCAAAAUGUUUAAAAAAUUUCCGCAAGUUGAACCUGUUCAGAGGACAAUAAAGAAAACUUAA